AUGAAAAUUAUAUAAUUAAAUCAUUAGAUUGAAAAGUACCUAUGUUGCCUGUAUAAAAUUUUUGAUCAAAUCUUACAGAGGAAGGAGAUUCUAACUGAUAAGAAAUCAGAUAAAACUUUUAAGAUUAUCUACUCAAAAUAGAAAAAGUUGAGACUAGUUUAAUCUAAAUUAAACGAUUAAUCUUAGACAAUUAUAAGUGUAAUAAAAAAUAAGUCAUUGAAUAAGGGUAGAAUUCGAAGUGAAAAGUGUACUCAAUAAAAAAUUGUUAAAGAAAUAUCACUAAAUCUAGAAUAACAAAGAUUAACAGAAAGAUAAUAAAAAAAAAAUACAAUACUUCAAGAUAAAAAAACUCUGCACUAUAUAGACAAUUUAAUCAAAAUAUCAAAUCAUCUUUAUGAAUUAAGAAUAUCUUUGUUAUGA